AUGAUCCGUCAAAAGCAACGGCUGCAUAGAUUCAGUGGUUUUUCGAUUCGAAGAAGCUUCAGUCAAACGUCAUCACAAAAAAGCGCAGAGCCUGCAAAGGAGAGUGUACCAAUCAUACGUUCCUUGUUCGCUGCUUUUGCUGGUGUUGGCGCUGUAUCUGCAGCUGCUACGUUGGUGGAAUCUUCGACCGCGGAGUCUUGUCUUCCAUAUUCUGAGAAAGGACAAAGAUAUGAUCAAGACACAUUCGCUGGCCGAUUCUGUAGGAUGAAGCUUGCUUGUGAUCCUUCCUUGCUGAUCUACACAGAGGAACAAGUACGAGAUGCUCAAUCUGUUCUCGAAAAAGCUGCACAGCACAAGAACGACCGAUCCAUGGACCGAGAGCUAUGGGAGGCGAAAAGAAUCGUUGAUGCAGCCGUGCACCCGGAUACCAAGGAAUUCAUACCAAGGCCUUUUCGAAUGAGUGGAUACGUACCCUACAAUGGACCUAUUUCAGUAUCGAUGGUUGCUUCUACGUCUACCGUACCCUUACUUUUUUGGAGCUGGGUGAAUCAAUCACAAAAUGCUCUGGUAAACUACUACAAUCGGAAUGCUGCCAGCCAUAUGAGCAACGAGACGCUGUUGAAGUCGUAUAGUGCAGCCGUCGGCUCGGCUCUAGUCGUUGCAUUUGGCUUAGCAACCUUCAUCCGAAAAAGGCAUUCGCCUACCAGGGCGAAGGAACUCAUGAAGUUUGUGGCUUUUCCAUCAGCGAUUGUGGCCUCGAGCUUGAACUGUUACAUUGUACGUAGUCCUGAAAUUGAAACUGGAGUUCCGCUGUUGGAUGGUGAAGGAAAUAAUGUAUGUGAAGGGGAAACUUCGUCUAUCGCAGCCAAGCGCGGUGUAUACUCGACAACACUAUCACGAGCCCUAUUACAAGCUCCUGUUUACUUGCUGCCACCUUUGCUACUGAGUGGUCCUCUUCAAAACUUUGUGAAGCAAAGACCCGCAAUUCGUAUCCCACUGACUACUUUUUUGAUCCUAACUGCAUUUGGAAUCGGGCUUCCUGCAACUGUGGCCAUUUUCCCCCAGAUUGGAAGCAUUACGCCAGAAGAGGUAGAACCAAAGUACCAACAUCUCAAGGAUCCAAAGACACGAGAGCAGUACACUAUCUAUUACUACAACAAGGGUCUUUGA